UUUCCGAAUCUUUUUAAUUUACAAUUUCAUAGACUGUCAGUAAAUAUUUGCUUAGGUACCCACAACACAACACUGUUUGAAAAAUCUGUUAGGCUGGCGAUCGUAACUGUAGCGAAAAUCACAAGAUGAAACAGCUCGUUGGACAUCUUUUUUCUUCAUCGUUCUGUCUAAAAAAACGACUUAGACAUUACUUUGGAAUAAGGAAAGCUGCUGUGCUAAUCUAACUCUAUUAUUAUGAUAAUGUUUUUACCGAGACAAACCUUAGAUUAUGAAUAAUGAAAAACUAAAGAUCUCCGAUAAAUUUGUAUGGUUGGCUACACUGAUAUUAUCAAACAGCCAGAGCACAGAGGUUAAAAAACUAGAAUAGAAUAUAAUCUUCGUUUGCCAAAAUGCAUAUAAAAAUAAAAUAUUUAAUUUCACCGCUCUUGAAAAUAAAUAGAAACAUCACAAAGGUAUUUCUAUCGACAUCAGCUGUUCCCAAGGAAGAAAAAAUAAAAGUCGGCGAUUGCAACAUUAAUUAUGUAAAGGUAGGCAAAGGAAGUCAUAACCUGCUAUGCUUGCCUGGUGCAUUGGGUACAAUAUGGUCAGACUUCAAGCCCCAAGUGGACGGUUUUGACCGGGAAAAAUUUACCACAGUGGUCUGGGAUCCACCUGGCUAUGGUAAGAGCAGACCGCCAAACAAGACAUUUUCCGAGGAUUUCUAUGAGAAAGAUGCUGAUGCAGCACAUGAAUUUAUGAAGGCCCUGAACAUCCCAAAGUAUUCUUUACUAGGCUGGAGUGAUGGAGGCAUUACCGGAAUGAUCCAUGCUGCGAAAUAUCCUGAUGCUGUAAAUAAACUAGUUAUUUGGGGAAGCAAUGCCUUCAUCGUACCUCAAGAAAUGGAAAUGUACAAGAAAACCAGAGAUGUUAAUAAGUGGUCCGCAAAAAUGAGACAACCAAUGAUUGAUGUUUAUGGAGAAGAAUUCUUUGCCAAAUAUUGGGCUGAAUGGACUGAUGGCAUGAUCAAUAUUUUCAACAAGCAUGAUGGCAACUUAUGUUCAUCAUUAUUGAAAGACAUUAAAUGUCCAACAUUUAUUUUAUAUGGAGAGAAAGACCCGAUGGUGGAUCAAGUGCAUGUAUCGCACUUACAUACCCACAUAGAAGGUUCUAGGAUCCACUUGUAUCCGGAGGGAAAACACAACAUCCACCUCAGGUAUGCAGAAGAUUUCAACAAGAGAGUACAAGAAUUCCUUCUGCUGCCUUAAUGCAGUACUUUAUCUACUUUUGUAAAAGUUGUUAUAUUUUAAGCCUACAUUGUUACCAUUUUUGUAUAUGGUAAAGGGAUAAACGAAAAAUAUAACAAAAAAAAUCCCA